UUUGACUUCAUCGCAUCCCAUUUUGUUAAAAGAAAAACAUUAUAGGGAAAUACAAUUUAUUUUACUAAAAUAAAUAAAUAAAAUAUAAAAUUAAAACAAUGGGUCGCGAUAAAAACCGUAGAAGGGACUCAUCUUCAAGUUCUGAGAGUAUUGACAGUGCCGAAGAGGAGCGUCUACGUGAUAUUAAGGAACGAGAUGCAUUUGCCGAGCGUUUAAAAAAGAAAGAUGAAAACAAUACAAGAAAAGUCCUGGAAUCCAGUGGCAGUCGAAAAGCUUUCGAAGAAGCAGCUAAACGACUAAAACUCGAACAUGAAGAUCGUGAUAAGAUCCUCCCUCAAUUAAGAAUUCAAUCACGUCGCAAAUAUCUGGAGAAACGUAAAGAUGACAAAGUCGCUGAACUCGAAGCAGAUAUCAUCGAUGAUGAAUAUUUGUUUGACGAAUCGGUACUCUCGAAACGUGAAAAAGAAGAAAGAGAAUACAAGAAGCAGUUGCUUACCAUUGCCAAGGAGCAUGAGAGAGCUCGAGAAUUGGAGCGUGUUCAACGCUACCGUAUGCCACAGGAUAUGAAGAAGGGCGAGAAAGAGGAGUAUGUUGAAGUUGACGAACGUGAAAAACUUCCAAAUUUUGAACAAAAGAAAUGGGAACAGGAGCAGCUAGCAUCUGCUAUGUUCCAAUUUGGUGCCAAGGAUGCAAAAGCCAAAGAAGAAUACGAACUGCUGCUGGAUGAUCAAAUCGAUUUCAUCCAAGCUUUGACAAUGGAAGGCACGAAGGAGAAAAAGGAUAGAAAACCCGAAAUUAGUGAAGCCGAACGACAAAAAAUGGACCUUCAAGAGACACGCCGGUCACUCCCAGUGUACCCAUUCAAAGAUGAUCUUAUUGCUGCUAUUCGUGAACACCAGAUUUUAAUUAUUGAAGGUGAGACAGGAUCAGGCAAAACUACACAGAUUCCUCAGUACCUAAUCGAUGCUGGUUUCACGAAGGAUAAAAAGAAGAUCGGUUGCACUCAGCCACGUCGUGUGGCUGCAAUGUCAGUUGCUGCUCGUGUCGCUCAGGAAAUGGAUGUUAAAUUGGGCAACGAGGUGGGUUAUAGUAUUCGUUUCGAAGAUUGCACAUCGGAGAGAACGAUUCUGAAAUACAUGACCGAUGGUACACUUCACAGAGAAUUUCUCUCAGAGCCCGAUUUGGCUUCGUACAGCUGCAUGAUUAUCGAUGAGGCUCAUGAACGUACAUUGCACACAGAUAUUCUCUUUGGUCUGGUAAAAGACAUCGCCCGCUUUAGGCCCGAAUUGAAACUCCUCAUUUCAAGUGCAACUCUAGAUGCUGACAAGUUUUCACAGUUUUUUGAUGAUGCUCCAAUUUUUAGAAUUCCCGGAAGACGUUUUCCAGUUGACAUCUUUUACACUAAAGCCCCCGAGGCAGACUACAUUGAUGCGUGUUGUGUGUCUGUUCUUCAAAUUCACGCCACCCAGCCUUUGGGUGAUAUAUUGGUUUUCCUUACAGGUCAGGAUGAAAUCGAGACUUGUCAGGAAGUUCUCCAGGAUCGAAUUAAGCGUCUCGGCUCUAAACUAAAAGAGCUUCUUGUGAUCCCUGUGUAUGCAAACCUUCCCAGUGACAUGCAAGCUAAGAUUUUUGAACCUACUCCACCAAAUGCCAGAAAGGUCAUUUUAGCUACUAACAUAGCCGAGACCUCCCUCACAAUCGACAAUAUCGUCUACGUUAUUGAUCCAGGGUUUGCCAAACAGAAUAAUUUCAAUUCUCGCACGGGGAUGGAAUCUCUAAUGGUUGUUCCAAUAUCGAAAGCUUCAGCAAAUCAAAGGGCGGGUCGGGCUGGACGAACUGCACCGGGCAAGUGUUUCAGGUUGUAUACGUCGUGGGCUUAUAAACACGAACUCGAAGACAACACUGUUCCAGAGAUUCAAAGGAUUAAUUUGGGAAAUGCUGUUUUAAUGCUCAAAGCUCUGGGAAUCAAUGAUCUGAUACAUUUUGAUUUCCUCGAUCCACCACCUCAUGAAACCCUAGUUUUGGCCUUGGAACAGUUGUAUGCCUUAGGUGCUCUCAAUCACCAUGGCGAACUGACGAAACUUGGACGUCGAAUGGCAGAAUUUCCCUUGGACCCGAUGAUGGCAAAAAUGCUACUUGCUAGCGAAAAGUACAAGUGUUCCGAGGAAAUGGUUUCCAUUGCAGCUAUGCUAUCUGUGAACAGUGCCAUUUUUUACCGACCCAAGGAUAAAAUAAUUCACGCCGACACCGCGCGAAAGAACUUUAAUCACAUGCACGGUGAUCACUUGAGUUUAUUGCAAGUUUACAACCAAUGGGCAGACACUGAUUACAGCACCCAAUGGUGCUAUGAGAACUUCAUACAGUAUCGUUCGAUGAAGAGAGCCCGAGAUGUCCGCGAGCAACUUGUUGGACUGAUGCAGCGAGUUGAGAUCGAUAUGGUUACAUGUCUGCCCGAAACCAUAAAUAUCCGAAAGGCAAUUACGUCAGGUUAUUUUUAUCAUGUCUCGCGAUUAUCAAAAGGCGGUCAUUAUAAGACGAUCAAACAUAAUCAAACGGUUAUGAUUCAUCCGAAUUCAUCGCUGUUCGAAGAACUGCCCCGAUGGGUGCUCUAUCAUGAACUUGUGUUCACAACGAAGGAGUAUAUGAGACAAGUCAUUGAAAUCGAGAGCAAGUGGCUUCUGGAAGUAGCUCCUCAUUACUAUAAGCCCAAGGAACUGGAGGAUUCGACGAAUAAGAAAAUGCCCAAGACAACCGGUAGAGCUUUAAGAACUGAAUAGUAAAUGAAAAGGUUAAAUAAAAUGAUUUAUAAAAAUUAA